AUGUCUGUUGGCAGAGGCUGGUGUUAAGUAAUCACCUUUCCUCUUUCUGCUUUGUGGUUGCUGAGAACACCUUUCACAAACUUGACAGUUGCUUUUUCCUUGCCAAAUCAACCUGUGAUUAAACAAAUUGGCAGUUGUGGCUGGGACUAGGGUUACAUCCAGGUACUCUUUGCCCCAUCUGAUUUCUCCACAACAAAGGUAUUAAAAGACUUGCUUCCCAUAAAGCCCCCAAUCCAUCUUCUAAGGCUGCCAUGAAGACUCUCAGCAGCUUGCUUCUUCUGGGCAUCCUAAUCCUUUGGGCAGAGCUGCCCCCUGCAGUUUUGGAAGAGAAGUCAGUGCGACCUGGAAACUGUCCUUAUGACCCUGUUAGAUGCAAAGGGCCUGAGCCAAAUGAGUGUGAAAGAGACAUUGACUGCCCCAUAUCAAAGAAAUGUUGUCAAUACUUUUGUGCUCUGCGUUGUGUGGAUCCUGUAAAAAGCGGAAAGUGAUUUCCUGAUGUGCCGAUGAGCAAACUACACUUUGAAGAACAAUCCACUCACCUCCUAUAGCUUGGUGCAGAGAUUCAGGCAUAUUUCUAAAUACAAUUGUUUAUGCAAAA